AUAGUCGCUGUAGGCCUAUUCAACUACUGCUAUCCAAGAAAGGGCGGUGGCAACCUAACGGACAAAACAAGCGUCACCAACGUCGCAUUGGCACAUUAAUAACGUGCAGUAAUGAUGAAGCUCAGCUCUCCUCUGGCCGUGCUGUGCCUUUCUCUCCUGCUGCUCAAUGCCCACCUCUCCCUGGCCAAGAGAGGGGGAGGAGGCUUUGGUGGUAAAUCCAGCAUAGGCUUUGGGAAGAAACCUUCCUCCACCUCCAACCGUGGAGGCACCAACACCCAACGCAGACCCAACCAAGGGACCAAUAACCAGCCAGGGAACUACCCUCGCCAGCCCCAGAGCCCACAGAACCCCCAAGCAGGGUACCCGCAGCAACCAGGAGGUUAUCCACAGCAACCAGGGGGGUACCCUCAACAGCCAGGCAGGGCAGGAUACCCUAACCAAGGUGGCUACCCUAACCAAGGUGGCUACCCUAACCAAGGUGGCUACCCUAACCAAGGUGGCUACCCUGCUGGAGGAUAUCCAGCUGGAGGCUACCCAGGGGGCUACCCGGCAGGAGGCUAUCCAAACAGAUACCCAGCUGGUGGAGGCUAUGGUGGAGGCUAUGGUGGAGGCUAUGGUGGCGGUUAUGGAGGGGGCUACAUGAACCAAAACCCCAACAACCGGAUCCUUAGCCCUGGCUACGGGGGCAGUUACGGCUAUGGGGGGUAUGGUGGUGCCGGUGGCUCCCCGUUCUCCCGCUCCGUGCAGGGGAUGGGGAUGGGACCCUCGCAGCAGUCCAGGGGGUUUGGGCGUAAUGCAGCGAUGGCGGCCGGGGCUGGGGUUGUGGCUGGGAUGGCUCUGGGUUAUGGACUGGGCCGGUUUCCCCGGCCUCACUUUGGCUUUCACAACCCCCAGGAGGAGUACUACUAUAACCACUACAUGUACAGGAGGUACGGCACCAAAUCCACUGAUGACAAUGACUACAGCAGGGACUACCACUUCAGCCCGCCUCCACAGUCCUAUGAUAACUACAUGAAGAACUGUAUGAAGAGGACUGACCUGCUGAGAGGUGGGGAGAAGGGUGGAUCGGAAACAGGAGCCAGGGAGAACUCACCACCACAGGGAGCUGCAGACAGCCCCAGCACUCAGGUAGUCGUACCCAGUGGAGGAGGCACUGCAGUCGGGGAGAAGAGUGAAGAGCCAGCCCCUGUUCCUGGAGGUUCCACCAAUACUACCGACCCCGGUUCCACCCAAGCACCAGGCAGUGGCCCCAGUAACAGCUCUGCCACAGAGGGCAGUUCCAGUGAGAGUAAUGUCACAGCUGAGAGUAACGGUACAGCAGCGACUGAGAAGCCUGUGACCUCGGAACCCUUGAACCCAAACCCUCAAACCCCCCCUCCUGCAGCCAAGCCCCUCCCUCCAGCCAUAGCUGAGGAUGAUGAUGAGGAAAAUAUAGUGAGCAUCUCUGAGAUUGGCUACCCAGCGCUGAUAGAGCAGAUGAAGGCUCGGAGGUGUGUGGAGCUUUACAUGGUGUACGCCGAACACUACCUGGAGAAAAAGAAGGAGGACAAGAAGAACAUGCCCCGGGAAAGACCCAGAGGAGGAGUGGAGAGACUGGGAGGAGGAGGAUACCAGGGACUGCUAGCUGUUCUCACCUCUACUGCACUACUGCUGCUGAACAGCAACAUGCUACUACUGCACUGAGGCAGAGAGAGAGCAAGAAACAGAGAGAGAGGGAAAUAUAGGGAAGAAGGAGAAAGGACACAAUGUUUGCUGCCACGCUAUGUGAGUCGGAGUCAAGAAUGGGGCUGAUGGAGGGAUGCUGGGACAGUCUGUCUUCUUCUCUCAUCCUCCUUUGAUCGACGCCUCAGGACUCUCCAUAAUAAGUGGACUUUUUUGAUUGAUCAAUUAUAUGGAUUUUUGUUCUGUUUUUGUAUUGUUGUUUCUCAUGCACUGUUACUUGCAUUAUAUGAAUCUGUAAUCAUGCGCCCGUGUGUUACUAAAAUGCUGGCACUUUUUAAAAUCCAACCCUGCUGUCCCCAAAGCAUUGAGUUUGCUCCUGCUGUAGCCAAGUACUACAGCCUCAUGCAUGCAGCAUGACUAUUAUAUACAGCAUAUUUCAUAAAUAAGAUAAAUAUUGAUUAAGGUUAAGCAGGGACUAGCUGCAUCACGCCCAGUUCCCAGCACCAACAGGGAUUCCAGGAUAAUUUAGAUGCUGUAUUAUAUGGCAGACAGACUGAAGGGAAAUGGCAAUUUACACCAUUACAUCACAUGAACUGGAAAUACUAGGGGUGUGUGUGUGUGUGUGUGUGUGUGUGUGUGUGUGUGUGUGUGUGUGUGUGUGUGUGUGUGUGUGUGUGUGUGUGUGUGUGUGUGUGUGUGUGUGUGUGUGUGUGUGUGUGUGUGUGUGUGUGUGUGUGUGUGUGUGUGUGCGUGCACGCACGCACGCACGUAAGUAGAUAGGACUGUCGUGUAAAUAUUGAUUGAGAUAAGAUGACAUCCAUAUUAACAUCAGCUGGGGAAGGGGAAUUGUUGAAUAUGGCAGUCAAGUAUGCAUGACAAUGAAUGUGAGCUUUAUAUUAUUGACUAUGGCUUGUAUUUAUUUUAGCUUAAUACAAUACACACACCUGUACAUUUUGAACUGGCUUUUGCUUGUAAGACUACUAAUUACACCAUUCUAACGUAACCUCUUUCGUACAUGGGGGCUGUGAUUUUGCAUAAGCAUGUAUACAUUUUACUACGGUGGCAAAAGAGAAUCCAUUUGGCAAACAUUGUUAGCUUGACUUCACCUUUUUUAUGGAAGGGCUAACAGGGGAGGGGGGAGGGUAGUACGUAAGCAGUGGGAGCUGCUUCUUUAGAAUCUAGAAUUUAGAUUCUUUAGAAACUAAAGAGACUCUUGUUAGAUGUGUGCUUGGAUCCCUUUUCUUCACCCAGCUGAUAUCCUAUGUAAUGGAUGGCUGUCAGGUUAUCUGAAUCAUUCAUCCUGUAUCGGGGCUUGAUGUCAUCUUUAUAUGUUAUGUCUCUUUAACGUUUGAUGUUUGAUACUAUUCCGUGGAUUGAUUUAGUUUGCUUUGUAUUGUUAUUAUAUGUCAAGUAAGCUGCAUGUGCUCAAAGACACUGAUUUCUUUCUUUUGCUCCGACUCCAAGGCCCUUCUCUUUUGUACAUUCCCUUCUUCUCUCCUUCCCCUUUCUGGUGUCUUGCUUUCCUUUCUGGGGUGGUGAAGUGACUAGAUUGUACUGUAUGGGCUCUUGUUGUCUAGGCCCAACCAGGCUUUGAACCAGGCCACUGUAGCGGCAGCCCGACAAGUCAAGGAAUACAGAUUCAGACAAACACUGUCCACUUUAAAGUAAUGGUCUUAGUCAACUUGGUACCUGGUAAUAUUAAGGUAAAUGAUAAGCAUAUGACAAUGAUAUAAGUUGAACUAUAAUGUUAGAUGUGGGUUCUAGAGAGAAGUAGCUAGAUUGAAGUCUAAAUUAUUAUACUGUAUGCGUUGGGAUGUAAACAGAUUGUUUUUUAAUGGAGUUUUUGACUACUUUUGGAAUAUAUUGGAUAGACGAUGGGGAGGGGGGGGACGACACCUUGUUUACCAUCAUGUCAUAAACAAUUUCUACAUUGUCUUGGGCCUUGAAUGUAUGGGUGUGCAUACUCUGUUAAUGCAAAUACUUCCUAUGUGAUAAAAUAUAAAUGUGUUUGUGUCCAUU